AGUUUCCAGAAGUGGGCGUUGGUGAUAGAAGUCUGCCUUCCCUUUAAGAAAAAAAACAGUUCUUUCAUAGGAUGUGCAUUUUUUAUUGGAUACGUACAAAAUCUGAAUCACAUUCUCCUGUGGGGACAUUUUUCUAACUCAUUUUGUAUAUAUUUUUUAUCGCUAUAACUAUGGAAGGUGUGACCGUGUUUUCUGCCCCCAAUGUAUUCGUACGAUUAACCAGCACACUUAACACCUAUGAGGUGCAGAAAAAGUUCGCGAGGAGCCUAACCAUUGCAGAGUUUAAGUGCAAACUGGAACUGGUUGUUGGGAGUCCAGCAGCAUGUAUGGAAUUGGAGCUGUAUGGUCCAGAUGACCAAUUAGUUAUGAAACUGGACAAGGAUGAAGCCCUUUUGGGAUCCUAUCCCAUUGAUGAUGGGUGCAGAAUACAUGUAAUAGACAGAAGUGGUGCAAAGAUGGGAGAGUAUGAGGAUUUGUCAAAAGUUGAAAAAUAUGAAAUUUCUGAUGAGCUGUAUGGAAAGCGAUCGGACUCUGUUCGUGCUUUCCUGAAACGGAACAAGCUAGGGAAAUUUGAUGAGGACAAGGAAGCAAAAAAAGAUGCAGAGGAGGACCAAAAGGAAGCAUCAGAAAGGGCUCUUGCGGAAGCCAUUACAGUAGGAGCACGUUGUGAGGUUGCUCUUCCAGGGCAGCCAAAAAAACGGGGCACUGUAAUGUAUGUUGGCCAUACAGAAUUCAAAGCUGGCUCCUGGAUAGGGGUGAAAUACGAUGAGCCAUUAGGGAAAAAUGAUGGGAGUGUAAGUGGAAAAAGGUAUUUCGAGUGCUUGCCCAAAUAUGGUGCCUUUGUGAAACCACAUCAAGUAACAGUGGGAGAUUUCCCUGAAGAGGACUAUGGGCUGGAUGAUGAAAUGUGAAAUGAACAGUUGUGGAAGCAAAUAGCCCUCAAGUGUACAAUACAGAAAGAUGCAUCCCAGCAUCUUUUAUUUUUCCAUGCUGGAUACAAGCAUUUCGUCAGAUGUUCGCAAGACUGAAGACACUGCACUGCCUAGUAUUAACUUGUACAGUUAUGAUAGGAGUGUGUCAUCCUUGUUCCCUGUUUUAUAGAUUAUUACAUAUUUUGUGUGUGCAUUCCUCUUUUGAAGGCAGACUUCAGAACUUUAGUUGCGUCAUUCUGCGUUGCUAGAUGUAGUAAUAAGAACCUUGAAGUAGUGUUCACCAUUAAGAAGGAAUUGUUUAAAUAAACGGUCACAAACCAACACUCUUUCAAGGUCUUGUUGUAAUUAAAAUUUCUUCCUGAGAAUAGAAGAAGAAAGUAAGUACUUAACUGUAAUUUUAAGUAUGCAGCUUAAAUUGUGAUAUGGUAACCCAGUUUGUUUUGCUGUCUAGUUUAUCUGAUUAUUAGUGAAAUUACAUUUCUCAUUCAAUCCAAGUCAUCAAGGUGCCAUAACACUUGUUUCUUUAGGUGAUCCAGGUGAUGAAGUUUAUAUGAAAACCUUGAGAUCUGUAUAUAAUUUUGAUUAAGAAACCUAGAGAAAAUGGUUACCUUUUUGAUAUGUCCAAUCUGUAUAAUUCUUAACCUCACAGAAUAAUUUGAACAUAAUUCCCAUUUAUAUUUUACAAAUUCCUUGUGUCAUAUAUGACUGAAACAUUUUUUCUGUGGAAAAUUAAUGCAAGUUCACUGGCAGCAUUUUUAUGUUUAAAGCUAUUCAGAAGACAGUAAAUCAGUGUAAUACCACAAAUUUGCUUUUGA